CCGCAGAAUCUUCACACCUUUAUUUUGUUUGGUCCCCUAACUUCAUUAUUAUCAUUAAGUACAAACUUUUAUUCCAUUUACACUCAACAAAAAUUAAACAAAAUAGAAGCACCAUAAAAAAGUAUUAUGCCUAAGCUUUGGUGUUCGUUCUUUUUUCUUACUCUAAUUCUUUUACAUCCCAAAUUUGGCAUUUCAAGAAGAGAACAAGUUCCAACUCCGCCAUUACCAAUCCUACCACUCCCAUCAUAUUCUCAAUUAAAAUGGCAACAAAGAGAGCUCAUCAUGUUCCUUCACUUCGGAGUCAAUACGUUCACUGACUCCGAAUGGGGUACCGGACAUGAAAAUCCGCUCAUUUUCAACCCGGUUGGCCUCGAUGCGAACCAAUGGGUUGAUACAGCAGCGGAAGCAGGAAUAUCUUUGAUGAUACUAACAGCGAAACACCAUGACGGGUUCUGUUUAUGGCCUAGUAAAUAUACUGACCAUUCGGUUGAAGGGAGUCCGUGGAAGAACGGGCAUGGAGAUGUUAUUCAAGAACUUGUUAAUGCGGCCGAUAAGCAUGACGGGAUUGAUGUCGGACUUUACUUGUCGCCAUGGGAUAGACAUGAAAGAAGAUAUGGUAGAAAUUUGGAGUAUAAUGAGUAUUACUUGGCUCAGCUGCAAGAGCUACUAAACAAGUAUGGAAGUGUUCGAGAGAUAUGGUUUGAUGGGGCAAAAGGAACAAAUGCACCAAACAUGUCAUAUUAUUUCUGGGACUGGUUUGCAAUGGUGAAAGAAUUGCAGAGUUCAAUAAAUAUAUUCUCAGAUGCUGGUCCAGAUGUCAGAUGGGUCGGAAAUGAAAAUGGAUUUGCCGGAACAACUUCUUGGUCCACCAUUAAUCGGACUUCUCUCUCCAUCGGCAAUGCAAGUACUGUUGAUUAUCUAAACACUGGUGAUCCAAAAGGGACUGAUUGGCUACCAGCAGAGUGUGAUGUUUCAAUCAGAAAAGGAUGGUUUUGGCAUAAAUCUCAAUCCCCGAAAAAGCUAAGUGAACUACUCGAGAUUUAUUACAACUCCGUUGGUCGAAAUUGUCUACUUUUGCUCAAUGUACCUCCUAAUACAACCGGCCUCAUAUCCGACUCCGACGUCCAAAGAUUAAAAGAAUUUAGAAAUGCAAUUGACACAAUUUUUGGUACCAAUUUGGCUGAGAAAUGCAUGAUAAAAGUUAGUAGCCAAAGAGGGGGUAAGGACGGUGGUUUCGGGCCUGAAAAUUUGGUAGACGAUGACCAUUUAUGGACAUAUUGGGUUCCAAAUAAUGAAGAGAAAAAGGGUAGUUGGAUUGAGAUUAGAUGUGGUGAAGGGUUGAGAUUUAAUGUGAUAAGGGUUCAAGAAGCAAUCGGUCUCGGUCAGAGGAUUAAGAAGCAUGAAAUUUAUGUUGAUGGCAAGAAAAUUGCUAAAGGAACUACUGUUGGGUACCAGAGGCUACAUAGACUGGAACAAGGAGUUGUUUAUGGCCAAAAUAUAAAGAUUGAGUUUGGGGAGUCAAGAGAUGUGCCAGUAAUUUCUUCUAUUGGUCUGCAUUAUGACCCUUAUUGGAACCCAAAAUCAGAGUAGUGAGUUAAUCAAUAAAUUUUAUAUAGCUUUUGAUUAUUA